AUGAUAAUGAAUCGGCCUCUCAGAAUGGUAACAAGAGGGCGUUUGCUGUUCCUGCUGCGGUUCACGAGUGAACCUCCAAUCCGUGGGCGGGGUCGCCCUGCGUGCCUUAUUUCUUUGAAUCUUGAUGGGUUUUGCACAUGGCCAUCCACACGCACAUGCACGCAAUCUCCCUGUUUGCCCUCCUGUGGGCGUGAGACCGGGAUGCAAAGGGAAAAAUGUGGCCCGUGCCAGCAUGUGACAAAGUCUUUUUUGGGAGGGAUUGUGACUGUGAUGUACGUCCUGGCAGGCUGGAAUGAGAUGAGAGGGGAGCGGAGGGCGAGUAACAACGAUUCUGUGCGGGGAAAUGCGCAGUGA